UGAUAGAUCAAGUUAGGGCGGAGUGAGUUGAUAUUCGUUUGGCCAUCAGUAGCUAACUGACUAGCUGUCUAGCUUCUUGUUCAUAAAGGAGUUGGUCAUAUACUUUACAUUAUUGUGUCUAAAAUUAGAGAAACGUAAAACACGACCAGCUGCGGCUUUGAGCUUCUUAGGAACUGUGUGGACGACAAAACAGGAUUAUUGGGACUAGAUGACAGUCGUGAUGAGACUGUGAGAGUCUCUCUCUCUGAGUGUUGCUUAGACGGACAUGAGUAUGGCCACUGCAAAAAAAGCUUCUUCUAAAGCAGGGGGCAUCCGCUUUGCUGAGGAACAUGCCACCACAGCUGCUGCAGCCAGCGCUCACUCUCAUGUGCACUUCGACGAGAAGCUGCACGACUCUGUUGUCAUGGUGAUUCCUGAAGCAGAUGGAAACUUUCUAGUUAAGGUGGGCUUCCUGAAAACGCAGCACAAAUAUGAGAUUGUUUUCACGCUGCCGGAGGUCCCAUCACUUGGGAGAGAUGUGUGUCCGGCUCCCGUGCCCAGCCCACACCUCCAGAUCAAAGAGAUCACGGCAGCUUCUGACGGAGGACUGAAGGUGACAUGUGAGUACAUGGCUCACCAGGAAGGAGUGAUGUGUGAGGAGAUGAUCAUAGUCAGCGAGCGCAAAGAAGAUGUGUGCGUAAAGGUGAAAGUUCACGCUCGUGUUAUGGACCGACACCAUGGGACUCCAAUGUUAUUAGAAGGCGUGCGGUGCAUUGGAGCUGAGCUCGAGUAUGACUCGGAGCAAAGCGACUGGCAAGGAUUUGACUAAUUGUCUGCCCUAAACCUCAAAGGCAUUGUGAUCAGUUCAGUGGCUCUAAUGGGAGACAUGAGGGCAGGAAAAAUUCCACACUCAAACUGUCUACUAGUUUAAAACCCAAUCAAUCAAGAGCCCUUUGUCUCACGCUGCAUUCUGUUCAACUGCAAACCAACAAUUACAAAAUACUGUAUGGUGGUACUUUUUGCCCCCCUGACAAUGAAAUACAGAUAGUUCAUGUGGUGUUUUUUUAGUGUCAGAGUAUAAGGCAAUAAUCAUAUUGUCCUCUUUAAAAUGUAAAUUUUUUAUAUGGUUGAAAGUUUCUUUUAGAAAGCAAACAAAGAACAAAUAUGCUGUGGUUUUGCUUGUAUGUUUAUUACUGUGCUUUCAGUCUGUGUUGGAUGCUUUAUACUAAUAGUCUUUUUUUUUCCAAGACCACCAGGGGGCGCACGGUGUACAUUGAGAUAUGAAAUUUCUCUGCUGUUCAAUUAGGUGUCACUAUUGACCACAAAUUUUGUCUUAUUACACAGAGGGUGGCUAAAGGAGCAUUGUAGACAACUAAAACUUAAGUUAGCAGUA